CACUAGCGCUGCUAGUGGACAAUCAAACCUACACACCCACCUCCAGACACACUCGCAUUUCUCAUUUCUUACUUCUACUCUAAAUUAGAUAGCAAGACGCAGUGCCGGAGCUCACAGAUCGCAUAGAAUUAGUUUGAAGUACUAGCGGUAGUUAAACAGUAAAUCUGAAAUUCAACAUGGAGUCCCCUCCAGAUCCAGCGAGCGACCCGGGCAACAGCGCCUCGGAGCCGGCUACCCCGGUCAGGGAAACCCCGGUAAACCUGGAGACGCUCCGGAAAGCGGACCAUCCAGCCCCGGUUCGAAGGCAGACCUGUUCCAGCACCAACAGAGGUAUCUCAGUAACAAAGAAGACGCAUACCUCUCAAAUCGAAAUAAUUCCCUGCAAGAUCUGUGGAGACAAAUCAUCAGGCAUCCAUUAUGGCGUGAUAACAUGUGAAGGCUGUAAGGGCUUCUUCAGGAGGAGUCAGCAGAGCAAUGCAGCCUACUCCUGCCCCCGUCAGAAGAACUGCCUGAUCGACCGUACCAGCCGCAACCGCUGCCAGCACUGCCGGCUGCAGAAGUGCCUGGCAGUGGGCAUGUCACGAGAUGCGGUGAAGUUCGGCCGCAUGUCCAAGAAGCAGCGAGACAGCCUGUACGCUGAGGUCCAGAAGCACCGGCUGCAGCAGCAGCAGCGUGACCACCAACAACAGCCUGGAGAGGCGGAGCCACUCACACCUAGCUAUGGCCUCUCAGCCAAUGGCCUCACAGAGCUCCAUGACGACCUCAGCGGCUACAUGGAUGGUCACACCCCUGAUGGCAGCAAACCAGACUCGGCGGUCAGCAGCUUCUACCUGGACAUCCAGCCAUCUCCUGACCAGUCAGGCCUGGACAUCAACGGCAUCAAGCCGGAGCCCAUCUGCGACUUUGCCCCCGGCUCUGGCUUCUUCCCUUACUGCUCCUUCACCAACGGAGAAACCUCCCCCACCGUGUCCAUGGCUGAACUAGAGCACCUGGCCCAGAACAUCUCCAAGUCACACAUGGAGACAUGUCAGUAUCUGAGGGAGGAGCUGCAGCAGAUGACCUGGCAGGCCUUCCUGCAGGAGGAGGUGGAGAGCUACCAGAGCAAGCCCCGGGAAGUCAUGUGGCAGCUGUGCGCUAUCAAAAUAACAGAGGCCAUUCAGUAUGUGGUGGAGUUCGCCAAGCGCAUCGACGGCUUCAUGGAGCUGUGUCAGAACGAUCAGAUAGUGCUGCUGAAAGCAGGCUCUUUGGAAGUUGUGUUUGUCAGAAUGUGCCGUGCCUUUGACUCGCAAAACAACACAGUCUAUUUUGAUGGAAAGUAUGCCGGACCUGAUGUGUUCAAGUCAUUAGGCUGUGACGACUUGAUCAGCUCCGUCUUCGAGUUUGGGAAAAACUUGUGUUCUAUGCACCUGUCUGAGGAUGAGAUCGCCCUGUUCUCCGCCUUUGUGUUGAUGUCUGCUGACCGGUCUUGGCUCCAGGAGAAAGUGAAGGUGGAGAAACUCCAGCAGAAGAUCCAACUGGCCCUCCAGCACGUCCUGCAGAAGAACCACAGAGAGGAUGGUAUUCUUACAAAGUUGAUAUGCAAAGUGUCGACACUGCGAGCGCUGUGCAGUAGGCAUACAGAGAAGCUUACAGCUUUCAAAGCAAUAUACCCAGACAUUGUGCGUGCCCACUUCCCCCCCUUAUACAAGGAGCUGUUCGGAUCAGACUUUGAGCAGUCCAUGCCCGUUGACGGGUAGCAGCCCUGCCAGGUGCCAGUGUGCCCACCGUAGGGGAAUGUGGAGGAGGAAUCUGAGACACUUUAUUGGUGCCCUGCACAAACCAGAGCGGACAGAUGGCACGCUGUUCAACUUCUUCUUUUACAUCGGAGGGGAGGGCUUAGAGAGUUGAUUCUCAAGGUUUACUUUAUUGAAUUUUAGUUCUCUUUUGGAAGACUUGUGGGACCCGACACCCCAUGGGACACGAAGAGGAGAUAGGGACAAAUAAUUUCUGUCUGGUUGAACUUGGCCCUCUUUUGCGCAUUUCUAACAUGGAAAUUAAUGUCAUCCCUUAAUGUUCACCAGUAUUUAUUGCAUCAUUGCAUUAUAAUGAUUCAUCUGUGUAUCUGACUUGUAAUUGUACAAACAAUUACUGAGUCAAUUACAGAUUAAAAUAGCUGAAAUCUGCAUCGGUAUUAUAAUUUUUUUCAAAUUACAUUCCCAAAACAGUAUUGUCACAUUAAAAACAUUCAACACUUUUACCCCUGAUAUUCCCAAACAGCUGACAAAUGCGCACACUUUGGUCAAGUUCAGCCCCUUUUUUCUCUUGUGUUCAGUCGUAUCUUUUUGGACGCAAUUCUUGGAAUGAAAACUCACAGCGACUUUGAGGGAGGGUCUGUCGGCAUGGUGAUGCAAAUCGGCACCUCUCUGUGGACAAUCGUUUAAAAAAAAAAAAAAAGGAA